AAAUUAGACGAAGGUUGCCACUCUAGUGAUCGAAGAUUAGUUGUAGACCGACGGUGGGAAGUCUGUCUCACAGCUAACUACAUGAACGCUCUGACAAAACCUUCCGGGGCCCCUCGAUCCUAAUCUGCAACUUUCAACGGAACAUCAUGUCGUUUUUAUACCAACUCAGCGAUGAAACUCAAUUUGUUCUCUGGAGAUUGCUUAUCUUCUUCGGAGCUUCCAUUGCCUUCUAUUGGCUCGGGCCUUUUCUUAAUGGCCUGCUUUUUGCGUCCACAAGGAGAAUCCCCGGCCCUUUCUGGGCAAGGGUCAGUCGCUUUACUGAGCUCCGAUGGGUCCUGAAAGGUGACUCGAAUAUGCAGUACAUUCGUCUGCAUAGUAAAUACGGCCCCGUAGUUCGUGUCGGCCCGAAUCGUUACAGCUUCAGUAAUCCUGCAGAUAUCAAGAUCAUAUAUGAGCUUGGAGGUAAAUUUACGAAAACGGAAUUCUAUAAGCCAUUGCUGGCCGAAGAGCCAGACAAGCAAAACAUUUUUGCACUAAUGGAUGCCAAAGUCCACAAGGAGCGACGUAGAAAAAUUGCAAAUCUGUAUAGCAUGUCCAUAAUGAUUUCUUAUGAAGUUGCCGUGGAUAGAAUGACAGAGGUGUGCAUGCGCAAAUUAUCUGAGUUUGCUAGCAAGAAAGGGCAAAUAUCAAUGCCCCAGUUUAUGCAAUACUAUGCAUUUGACGUCAUCGGCGAGAUCACAUUUAACAAGUCGUUCAACAUGAUGGAAGCUGAAGGGGACAAAACCGGAAUGAUCAAGGGAAUCCACGGCGCGAAUUCUUACAUGGCCCAUAUUGGACUUGUCCCUGAUCUACAUCCAUGGAUUCAACGCCUACAGUCUAUCAUGGGAAAUCAGCAAGGGACCAACGCGCUCUUGAAAUUCACAUUUGACCAAAUGGAGGUUCACAAAGGAGGGAACAACAGCGCAGGACGAGAAGGUACUGCUGAUAGCUUCUUAGCUAAGCUGCUCCGGAUGAAGGCAGACAACCGCGUCCAGAUGCCACACAUCCUGGACACAUGCGGAAGCAACAUAGGUGCUGGUUCAGAUACUACAGCAAUCAGCCUAAGUGUUGCGCUGUUCUAUCUGUACACCAACCCUGAAACAUUGGCCAAACUCCGAAAGGAAGUGGACACCAUGGCAUCUGAAUCUCUCAUUUCGGAUCCUGUCAAAUUCCAAGAAGCUCAGAGCAUGCCCUACCUGCAAGCCGUCAUAAAAGAAACUUUGCGCAUGCACCCUGCUGUUGGGACUAUUCUCCCUCGUAAGGUACCAAAAGGAGGCCUACAGCUGGCAGGGACUUAUUUUCCGGCUGGUACAAACGUUGGAGUAAAUGCAUGGGUACUACACUACAGCAAGGAAAUAUAUGGAGAGGAUGCUGAUAUAUUUCGACCGGAACGUUGGCUUGAACCAAAGUAUGAUGGAGAUUUACGAGAUCAGAUGAUGUUUGCCUUUGGGGGAGGCUCCCGUGCCUGUAUAGGUAAGAACAUAAGCCUUCUUGAGAUGACGAAAGUUCUCCCUCAGAUUGUUCGCAACUUUGAUUUCGAUGUUCAGGGUGGUAGUAAGUUGAAAACCUACUGCGCCUGGUUUGUCUAUGUAGAUUACAUGGUUACAGUCAAGCCAAGAGCUUCAUCAUAG